AUGUUUCGUAAUUUUCUUCGCGUCUGUGGCUGGAAUUUUACUAACGUCGCUUGUUCAAGAUUUGAGAGUAAGAUUAGCUGGUGCGUGUUUGGUUUCAUUUGGAAUAGGCAGCGCGGAAUCAAUUUUUAUUUCGCUAUCGUCCUUUUACGGAGGGAAUACAAUAACCAGCUAUGGUCUGAGUACAGCUAUUUCGUUUGUAGCGGGGCCUCUGUCAUACGUAGGUGGGUAUAGUUUUUGUUUUACUGUGUAUGAACCUUAAAGGGUUUGCCUUAGAUGACGUGCAUUUACAUAAUAAGAAGCAUGCACGAGGGAGGGACUAAGUGGUUAUGAAUUCCUCACCUCCCUCCCUAGAGAGUGUUUUGUCGCAUAAUGUUCCAAAAGCUUUAGAACUGAUUGAACGAUCAGAAUCUGCCUACUGAGUACAUGUUUGUUAGUUUUUAGGAGGUAGUGAAAGAAAAGGAUUCGGGGGCACCCAACGUCAAUUUUCGGAAAAUAUCUGUGCGGAACACGAUUUGAGAUCUAGAAUUUUCGGAACAUUUGUUGUAAAAUUUAUUGCUUGUCUGCCUCUCCCAGGAUUUUUGAGCAUCUAAAAAAUGGUAUAAUUGCCCAUUUUUAACGAAUUUUCACCCCAAAAAGGUCACCCAGACUUUUCGGGAGCCUUUUUUCUGGCUAAAAUUUUCGAGGAGGUACGUGUUGAUCCCUAUAAUUUUCGAAUCACUAGACUUUCAGCUAGGAAAUUCGAACAGAUGAAAAAUUUUUAGGGGGUAAAUAUAUGCCUAUAUCUACCGUUUAAAUACCAAAAAUACGUUUAACAAUGCUAUGUUUUGUGGUUUUGAACUAUAUUCUCGUUGGGUGGACAUGAGGAUUUGACACCUUAGUGAAGAAUAUCCAUUUUCAACAAAAUGGCCUUCGAGCGUUGAGCAUGCAGUGGUUUUCAAGACCAAAUUAUUGCAUGUCAAGGUUGAAAAUACACCGAUAAGGCUCACAAAUGGAAAGAGAAAGGAAUGCUCUUUUUCCUUUUUUUGGACAAAUGAAAGCUGCUCUUUGCGAAAUUAUCCUUCCAGGAAUUAACCUGUUUUCUUCAAGGCAGAACAAUUGGCCUAUUUUUCAAUGCCAUCAGGGCAAUGAAGUAUUUGAAGAAAUUUUAGAUACAUUUUGUACUCUAUGGUCAAGGAAAAUACAUUUAUAGAAGGAUUUUUUUGUAUUUAUUAAGGUUUUAUAGACGUUUUUUUUCUUUUUUUAUUAUAUUUAUUGAUAAUCACAUUAGAUAAUUACAUUACAAUACUACGAAAAAGCAUUUUAAUAAUAGACAUUAACAGAGUAAAGCAAAAUUAAAUUGUUAAAUUAAGAAAUUAGAAAAAAGUACAAAGGGGCAAUGAGAUAACACGGAGUUAAGACAGUUAACUUAAAUAAGGCGUCAGUAACCACUUUCUUUUAAAGUUUAUUGCUUUUAUUAUAAGUAUAUAAAUGGAGGGCUACUCUUUUAGCACUGGCUAGAGCUAUAUAUUACUGAGAGGACUAGCUGGUCUAGCCAGCCAGUUCUGACAAAUUGUAAACGCCCAAUAAACGCACUGCUAGGUUCUUUUUUUUUGCCUUCCUCGUUACUGUCGCCAAGUCGUUGCUUAUAAUAUAAGCUCCCUUUUAAUGAAAGACUGAGAGGCUUGUACUGGGAGUAGGGAGUUCCAAACCUGUUUUGUGUCGCUAAGUCCAUCGCAUUGUGAAUUAAGGAUAGAACACUAGAGUCUAUCAACAAACAUGAUGAACAAGUCAACUUUAUUUUGGCAUGGUAGCCCCGGCUAUCAGCCACUGCAUGGCUGGUAUCAAAAGGGGCCCUCCAACAAAAUUAAUAGUUCACAUUUUAUUUCAAUUCACUUUAUUUUAUAAAUAUUUUCAUAUUUUUUAUGUCCUGGGCCGAGAGAAUGAGGAAAAUUACCAGAGAAAAUGCCCAGUUAAUAAAACAAAAGAAAAAUCUGCCCGAUUAGAAUUUAACCCCGGUUUACCGUUAAUCGGCCUGCGAACAACUGGGCCCUGUAUACGUUCAGAAAAAGAAUAAUUUGUUUGGAAUAAACUUUUAUUUCGCUUUAUUCAAAGGUAUGACCAUGUUGGCUUGUUGGUCUCCAAAUCCGUCGCUUCUUCGUCUCUCAGUAUUAUGGAUCUUACUGCCUAUUUCAUACCUUUUAAUAAAGGAUUGGAGCAACUGCAGCCACAAUCCCCCAUCAAGAAUGAAGAACCCGGCGGAUCAAAAUUAUCCCGCAAAGACAUGUUAUUUCUGACAUGGAAGAUACAGAAACUGUUUAUUCCUCUGUUCGUGGGCAUGUUCUGUAAGAAUUUGCUACUUUCUGGUGUUGUAACAACCAUAGCUUUUACUAACAUUCCGAUUACCCCAAGAAAUCAAUAUUUGCUAUACAACUUGGCAUAUGGGACAGGGGAGCUUCUUAGCAGGCUAUAUUUAGGAUACCUGUCUCUUUGUGCUAUCGAAGACAAGUUUGUUUUUAAGAAAACAUGGAUUCCUGCAUUACUUCAAGUUUUUGUAACGAUGUUUAUGGUGUUUGACUCCUGGUUUCGGCUGAUACCUGAACUUUAUCUUGCUCUUGCUCUGGUCAUGCUCAACAACUUCCCGCUAGGGAUCCUGUACGUAAACAGCUUUCUGAAUGUAGGGGAGGGGCUCCGCGCGGAAGAAAAAAGGUUUUGUCGGGCAUUUUAA